AUGCCGAAAUGCGCAACCGCAACCUCGACUCCUGCACGCCCGUCGCCCAUGCGAGCCGUGGAUGAGGCAGAUGAACCGCACUUCAGCCCUCCGCCAAUGAUGUCCUCGCCGUUGACGGCAAAUCACCGUGCCGCCGACGGGCUCGAAGACAGAACAGUAGCGCAGCCUUUCAAGUUCUUUCCGUCACUUGCAGUCUAUCCUGCCGGAACAGGCGGGGUCAAUAGUCAACUCAGAUCACUCCAAGGACUGGCGGGUCUCUUGAUCAUGUUCGGCGGUCACAUGGCAGUAAGGAUGCGUGUACGCAGCAAGAUGAAAGCGUGCCCGCCGGUGGGUCCACUUGUGCGGUCUCGAGCUCUGAUUUUCUGCGGAACGCGUCCCUCAACGGGCGCUCGGCUCUUCCGCCUGUCGAGCGUGCCGUGCCCACGCGCCUGGCGCAUGACGAGCUCUGGACGCGCGCCACUUCUGCCUUUCUUUGAUUUUGGCGGCGGCAGGACGCCUGCAGCUUCCAACACGGUCGAUCUGCACCUGUCUCCCUCGCUCUCUCCCUCUGGCUCAUCCGCUCCAGUCGAAGGCGACUGGCUACUGCAUCCUUGCCCAUCGCCUCGAUCUCCUCCCAUCCCUCUGCUCUAUCCAUCCAUCCUCACACCGUGGCUCACCCCCCGCUUGCGCCCGCGCUCCAACAUGACGUCCCCUCUGCGCCGGUCCACGCGCGGCACUAGGAAUGCCGACGCAACAGCAACCUCACCCGAGCCAUCCGCCAUGUCGCCUUCAGCAUCACCUACAAAGCUCGAUCGCAAGCGUAAGCGCCUAGAUGAGCCCGAGGAACAGCCCGCCGAGCUGCAUACACCCGAUCAGCAUGCAUCGGCUGCAGCAUCCAACAGCGCUGCCAACGGCCACUCGGACGCCCCAGCCCCGUCCGACAGGGCUAAUGGCGUCACUGACGACGCUGCGACACAAGACCCCAGCCAAAAGAAGCAGCUUCCACCGAACCUGCAGGCGCUUCUCGGCAUCUCCAGCUCGCGCACUACACAACCACCAGCUCAAGACAAGACCGCCGACGAAUCAUCGUCCAGCAAGGUGGAUGAGCUGGUGCUGCUCGAGGAGGACGCUACAAAGCUGCUCGCCAUCGCCGACACCUUGAACGUGGCCGACCUUCCUGCGACCGCACCGCAACCAGAUGUCAAGGGCAAAUCGCGCAGCGCCAAAGCAUCAUCGACGGCAUCGCAUGCAAUCCGCGCUAUCUUGCAACCCGGCACGCCCCUGCGCGAUGUGCGAGCACGUCUGCUCAGCGCCAGGGAGCCGCUUCUGUCCAAGCCACAGGUGGCCCAGCAUCUGCGCACAUCGCAGACCGCGACUCCGCCUGAGUCCCUCUCAACAGACCUGGCCCACCUUUCGAGCCUCACCCUCAUCCUUGGCCUCGUCGAUCAGCUUGCCUCCCGCCUGCGCGAAUCGCACCCGCACACCGACGCCAUCAAAGCCGAGCUGCUUUGCGCCGAUGUGGAAACGCGAGCACGUCUCUUGGAGAGCAGGAUGGCGCAGACAGCCAAGACAGGCAAGGCUACCGCAACCCAGAGCGCCCGGGUCCACGUCAGACCACCAGGAGACCGCCCCUCGGACGUUGAAGCGACCAACAGAUACGCUCUGCACAUGCGUCUGCCUCGAGGCGACUACUUCACCAAAGCAAUCCCGCUCGAUUGCGACCAGCUCAAGAAACUCGACCCCGCCCAGGCCGACAUUGUGCAGAUCAGCGCGCAAAGCGAAGAGCAGAUGCGCACGCUCAAACGCCAGGGCCACGUGCCCACUCCCACGCUCGGACAGAGGUUAGGAAGAAGCGGCCAUCGACACCGAAGCGACUCCAAGCGAUCCAUGCAGCCCAAGCUUCAGCCGGUGACGUUCCUCAACUACGGCAACUACGCUUCCUUUGCACCCUCGUACGACUCGUCGGCAUCCUCCAUCAGCUACGCCACCAGCGCGGCGCUUUGGCGCACCUCUGCCAAAGCACAUCGCUCGCUAUCGCUGACGUGGGGCGCAAGGCCCUUCCAGGAGGAGGCUCUGCUCGCAGACGACGACGAAGACGACGGAGAGGACGCGGAAACUUCUUCUGAAGCCAUUGCCGCUCCGGCUGCGCUUUGCGGUGCCGCACAUGUGGACGCUGAAGGCGAUGUUGCCAUGGAAGACUCGCCGGAAGAUGACGUUGCUGCUGCACUGCGCGAGCUGCUCGAUGGCGUCGACCAAGGAGGUGUCAACGAGAGCUUGCACAAGCUCAGCGAGGAUGAGCUGAUCACCUCGCAUCUGCGAUUCAACAUGAUGCUGCUCCACCGCCUGCAGGAGUUCCAAUGGGCGCGUCUUCGCAGGUCCUACGGCCCAGGUGCCUCUUCACGCAAGGCCAUCCUGGCGACCGAGGAGGAAUCGCCGAGCGCCGACGAGGAGGCCACCGCCGCACUCUUGUUGGAGUCGCUAAGCGCCUUGGUGGCGCUGCAGCCGCGCGCUGUUGAUCUUGCCUCGGAAGCGGUCGAGAGCUUGGUGCCGCAUGCGAGCAAGCUGCGUGCCUUCUCAGCCAGCAGUGGCGCCAUCGACCCGGAUCUGCUCGGCGACGUUCGCGAUGGGUUCUGGGGAGCUCUGGAUGCCAACGUGGUCAAGUCCACGCGCAGCAGCGUCGUCGCUUCCGAGACUCCCUUGCUGCUGCGCGACGACGUGACUGUCAGACUGGCCGAUGGCAGCGGAUCCAAGGCCAAGAAGACGUCGCGCAGGAUUGGCCCCGGCGGCACGCAGGUGGAGGAACGUGGUCGUGGAACUCUGGAGCGAUUCGCAUCGAGCCGCACGUACGACCAGAGCAACGACCGACAUGAUGUUGAGCCAGCGCGAAUGACCGAUCCUCAACACGCAACGCUGGCCCGAAGCCCCUCGAAAGGCGAUGAAGCUCCCUCAGCAACGCGGACACCCUCACAGGGACCCUCGCACGCGUCGCCGAUGCCUGCCCACCCACACAUGCACGCAGCAUACGGCCCGGGCCAAGCACAGGGCAUGACGCCGCAGUCACAGCGCCUCAUGCCGGGGCCCAAUUCGUCGUACGCUUUCGCCAGUCCCUCGGGCGGUCCCAACCAUCUCGGUCGACCCAUGCAGUAUCAGCAACCCGCCUACGCUCAGUCGCCAUCGAGAUAA